AUGUUUCGUUUUGCAUCUUCUUCUAGGACAGCACUUUUGUUAUCAAGACGGUCGUUUGCCGUGUUCAACCAAACUGUCACGCCCCUCAACACAUUAUCCUUCAAAGGCAAUGUCUCUCAAGUAAAUGCAAGGACCUAUUCGAUUUCAACAGCUGGAACAUUUGGACCAGUCGAUCCUCCAAAGAACUUAACUAUUAAGGAGGUGAGUUAUUGUUUCUUUAUUGGCGAUUUAGGCAUUAGUCUUAUUUGUCAAAACUUUUUGGACGAUGUGCAUCAUGCAUAUUAUCUUAUUUUGACAGCUGCAUCGUACAUUUACUUUAAUAGGCUUUGUUUUAUUGAAGUAGAUUUGUGUUCUUUAUAAAUUAAGUUUGCGGGUCUACGAAUGUUUACUUAUUUUUGCUCUUUAAUUUCAAUUUACUGUGUUGUUUUAGUUGGUUUGGCAUUUUGUCUAAACUAAUGUAAUAAGUCUAAUUUUUGUGUUUUACAGGUUGAGCAGAAGGUAAUCAAAGCUAUCAAAGCUUGGGACAGAUUCCCGCAAGAUCGUGCUGAUAAGUUGACGUUGGAAGCCCGAUUUGUUGAGGAUUUGGGUUUUGAUUCUCUUGAUCUGGUCGAGAUCACCAUGGCGUUAGAAGAUGAGUUUGGCUUCGAGAUCCCGGAGAGCGAUGUGGAUAAGCUGAAGACUCCCCGCGACAUCCAGAAGUACAUUUGCGAACACGAAGACGUGCUCGAAUGA